AUGUCUUCCGCCCCUGCUAAGAGAGAGUUCCUCUGCAUUCUGCCCGAUAAGCCCGGCGCGCAGGCCAAGCGUCUCGAGGUUCGCCCUAACCACCGCGAGGGUGUUAUGCCACAUGUUGCGUCUGGUGCUAUUGUUGCCGGUGGCGCAAUGCUCAAUGCCCACCCCGCUGAUGGAGAGGUUCCUUCCUUCAAGGGAAGCAUGAUCCUUGCUGUUGCGGAGAAUGAAGCCCAAGUGCUUGAGCUUAUUAACAAGGAUAUCUAUACCACUUCUGGUGUGUGGGAUAUGGAGAAGGCUCAAAUUAUCCCGUUCAAGUCUGCCGUUCGUGAGGCUUUGUAG